UCAAUAAUCAAUUAUUAAUAUUUCAAGUUUGAAGUUACAAAAUUAAGGAUUAUGAAUGAACAAUGUUUAAUGAAUUUUAUUAUUUGAUUAACCAUUGUUCUACGACUCUAUCUACGAUAACUUAUACUACUAACAAAAAGUAUUGGUUUAAAAUGACAUGACUAAAGAAUACAUUGUUGUAGCGUGGACGAUACCACUACAACCAACGUACCAAGUGUUAGGGAAAGCUGUUGCUAAGCAUUGGAAGUAAAACAAAUAAAAUACGGAGUAGUAAUGGUAUUUUUUAACCUUUGGUCUGUAAUACAUUGGUACAUAAGACCGUUUGUUAAGUGGAUUUUAAGAAAAACUACCCGUUUAUGCGAGCUCCAACGGAUAUGUUAUGGUGACAAACCUGGGGCUCAAAGAACUUGUAAUGUAGAAAAUUCAUUAAUGCUAUCCCAUACAAAGGAUGUAAUAGAUGUUAUUUCAUUCUUAGAUGCCGUGGUCCUUGAAAAAAGAUUUAUGCCACAAAACUUUGAUGAUGUAUUGUAUCCAUCAAUAAAUAUAAUUCUGCGAGCUAAACAAAUCAAUACAAAAUUACACCCAAAAUUUGUCCCAGCAUUUAGACAAUGUUUACAACAGAUUUGGAGCUAUAGACAGUUAAUUGAUGACAUUGAAGAAUUACGGUGUACUCAGUAUGAUAGUAAAAACUUGGACCAUGAGGAAAAGUUGAUCAAACUUUGGAGCCUUUUACAGCCUAAUGUGCUCCUAGAAAAUAGAAUAACAAAGCAGUGGCAAGAGAUUGGCUUUCAGGGAGAUGAUCCAAAAACUGAUUUCCGAGGAAUGGGUAUCUUGGGCUUAGAAAAUCUUCUAUUUUUUGCUACGGAGUAUACACAAGUUUCAAGCCAUGUUUUGAGUCACUCCCAACAUCCAAAAUAUGGCUAUACUUUUGCAAUUGUUGGUAUAAAUUUAACUUCAAUGGCAUAUUACUUAUUAAAAGAUGGUUCAGCGAAAACAUAUAUGUUUAAUGCAAAACAUUACCUGCCCAAUAUUGACCUAUUUCAUAGAUUUUAUUGCUAUUUAUUUUUUGAAUUUGAUAAACUUUGGAUAGAAUCUAAACCAGAGAAUAUAAUGGAAUUUUCUAUGAUUUUUAAAAAAUUCGAAAAUUCUAUAAGAUCACAAUUGUCAGAUCCAGCAUCUGUUUUUAGAAUAAAUAUAGCAAUUGACACAGUAUAGCCAAGUAACAUUACUUUAUUUUAAUUACUCAAUCAAAGAUUCAUAAUUAUAUCCUAUCAUUUAUUAAAUUAUUAUUAACAUACCUAACAUGUGGAGGUCUCAUUGUCAUUUUAUCACAAUUCUGUUUAUGCAAUAUAUUAUUAUUAUAGACUAUUUAUAUGUGUGAUGUAAUUUGAUCUUUUAUUAUUUAGACAAUUAUGCUUGCAAGGUUAUACAGCUAUGAAACAUGUAUAAAAAAUAACUAUUAAAUGUCAUGUAUUUUAAUGAGCUUUUGCACUGAAUAAAGUUUUUAACUAAA